AUGCGACGGGGAGCGACGAUGUUCAGCAGUUCACAGCAAGGCCAAGAACGCCGAACGGCAGUCGAUGCAGCAUUCAAAUCUUUCCCAUAUUCUGAAUUAGCAGCUUCACGAUUAUUUAUCGUAUCAACGACGAAUGGCAACGAUGCUAACAGUCUGGUUUCGAAUGAUGAAGUCUACUGCAGGAUUCUUACUUAUGAUGGCAGCAGAAGCUCUUUCAAGUCCACAUGGUCACGCUGUCAGAUGGGUACUGUUGUCUAGAAACAAAACAGUUCGUAUCAAGCAUUGGAGACAACUUUGCCAUGACUUGAAGACAUGAAAUUGCUUCUUUAUUCCAUUACCUAAAUUCAUGAAGUCUACCGUAGUUGAAUAUAAUAACCAUGACACUGAAUUUUUACUCUCAAGAACUGAGGAGUUAACCAUAACUCAUUAUUACCCUGCAGCAAUAUUUUUUUGAAUUGAUGUAUUUGAAAACACACUUUAGACAAUUUAAUUAGAUUUUGUCACUUGUGCAGAUGUGGAAUUCAGAACAGUGAAAGCAAUCAGAAUUUUUGUAGUGCUAACUAAAAUACGGCAUUUUCUCCUUAUUCUUGAAAUGCAAAAAAAAUUAGUUUCUUAUGAAUUGAUGUGCACCAAUCAAAGUGCAAGAAAUUUAGAGCUAAGAACUUGUCACAGUGCAGUGGUAAGAAAUGCAACUUUUUCGUAAGAAUACUUCAUUUGAUUGAGAAGAUAAUAAAAUAAUGAAUAUGAAGUUAAAAUUGCUCCUCAGUAAAACACAAGAGAUAAUUUUUAGUUACAAAUAAACUGCUUCCACUACACAACCUGAAAAAUAUUAAAAACAGAGUGUGAAAUUAUUUGUGCACUCAGCGAGUGGCCAAAAUCUGUUUUGUCACAUAGUACUUCAGAAACUAUUACAUUUGGUAGUAGCUAUACCAGGCCAUUAUGUAACAAAUAGGGAGGAUAUAUGAAGAUAGUCAGAAUUUGAUAAGGGAAAAAGUGGGAAAUGGUAAGAGUGUGAAGAACACAAAAUACACUUACUUAGGGUUGAUACCAUAUAUCGUAGGAUCUGAUAACACAGUAACAAUGUAGGUGAUGUAUACAAACAACUGAAAAUUUCUUUAAAUGUUUGUACAGGUAGAGAGAUGAACCAGGAACUCAGGUAGUUCAAAAUGAAGUCGAUGAUAUUCUGAAAGUAAGGAAACAUGAGUUGUACUUUGUAAAUCCAUUAGAGAUACAAACAGAGGAAAGUCAUCUGUAGAUACUGAGACAAUAAAAUGUUUAAAGCUGGAAGAACAUUUAUACAAAAUAAAGUAGCAAAAUAAUAUGCAGAAUAAAGAAGACGAUUCCACAAACCUGCAACAAUUCUGCAGUUCAUUAUAUUUCACAAUAUAAGACACAAAACAUAAAGGUUAUAGACCCACCAGCUCCUCCUCAAUAAAUUUGCAGGAUAAUACAUUUGUAUUGUUGAUAAACAAACAAAAAUGCACAAACGUAUGUAUCCAAAUUGCAGAAUAACCACAGAAGAUGCUUUAUAACUAAAAUCGAAAUGUGUCUGGUGUAACUCUUUUUAAUUAAAUUGCAAUGAGCUUAAGACAGAUAAGUAAUAGUAACAUGGAAUUUGUGUUAUAUUUCCAAAAAUUAUUAACAGCUAUGAGAAGAAAAAAUAAAUCUUAAUCAAGAAAAGGAAUAAGCAGUUUACUUGUUAAUAUGGUACAGUGAAUCAUAUACAAGUUAUGCAUUUCGAAUGUGACAGGGAAAUCAGGGAAAUUUGGAAAACACUGGAAAAAUCUUAUUUUUGUCUCGGAUGAAAUGGUCUGUUUACUGAGAUGUCAUGUAUUGUCGCUGGCUGGAUUUAGCUGAGUAUGUGCACUGCUUCCCUACUCCCUCGUUAUUUCCUUCUCCCCUUCCUACCAUUCCCCUCAUUGCUGCCACCCCUUCUUGCUGUUAGCCUAGCAGCUGCCAGUGAGAGGCAGUGAGGAAUGGUUUCUUUGGAUCUGAUUCUCGAGAGACUGUUGACGCAGCAGCUAGAGACAGCGGUCAUGUGUGCAAGAGUUAUCUGAGUGAUUAUGUGAAAGUGUUUGUCCUCUUGUUUUCUGACAAAGACUGUGGCUGAAAACUUAGUGGCGAGAGAGACUGUCUUUCUGUGUGUCUGUCUGCAGCUCGGUGAUCAUGGUGAGUUCUUACCUGUCAUCAUUAGUAAGGAUUUUUUGGAGUAUUUGUGCAAGUUAUCUGUUGCAUGGAUUGAUCACCAUGGUUUCCUUUCAUCAACAUGGUGUCUGUGACACAUGGAUAGCUGGCCACGUGAGUGGACUUUGACAGACCAAAACUGCAGGCCAUUUCUGCAGGUGCCUCUAACUGAUUGGGCGUGCCAAUCUGAAGCCCGCAGGAUUUAGCCCCAUCGAUCUGCCUGCAGGCCGGGUCUGUUUGUGUGUGGCAUAAUGUGGCGGAUUUUUGUGGUUUAUUCAUGGACCCAGGACUGUGGUGCUCCUCACAACUUCAGGAAUUGUGACUGUCUCACCCCAAGUACAUUGUACAGUAUGGCGUUUAUAGGUAUUUUAUUUAUUGCAGUGUAUUUUGGCACUUUAAAAGUAGUUCAUAUAUUAGGUAGUAUGGAUGAUAAGAAGAAGAAAAUAGUGACAGUCAUUGGCAGUUUGUAUGCUAUGUACUCUUUUUUUCUCGAAAUAAAAAUCGCAUAAUACCUGAAAAUGAAAUCAUGUGGCAUUGAUGGCCAGGAGGCCCCAUCCAGGGAAGUUUGGCCACCGGGUUGCAAGUCUUCAUUCAGGUGAAGCUUCAUUGGGCUACUUGCGUUUUUUUGUCAACUUAAGUCCUUAUUCGUCCUUGAGCUCAAAAAUUGUCAGGGAAAACUGCUGAAACCUGUUUGGAAAUCAGGGAAUUUCCCCUUGGGGAAACUUGUGGCAACCCUGAUUAUAGAAUGGACCAGUUUUACUGUUUUGUAUGGGAUUCAUAAAUUUUAAGAAAGCUUGUGACUUACUUUCAAGAAAAGUUGUAUUAAACAUAUUGAGAAGCAAAAACUGAUUAACCAGUGUUGUUGUGCUAGAGAUUAUAUCAAUCUGAACUGUAGCUUCCAAGAGACUUCAGCGGGAUACUGGGAAAUCCAGAAUUGAAAGAGUCGUCAAGUGAGGAGAUCCCCUUUUUAACAGAAUUAUUCAGUAAUCCUAGAGAAAGUUUUCAGGUGCUUGAACUGAGGAAAUUAGGAAAAAAAUGUGUGUUAGUGGGAUAUAUCUGAAGCACCUUUCCUGGAGACCUAAUGCUGUUUGCCUCUAGUGCAGGUAAACCUCAACAUUUAGUAGAAGAAUUUGAGCUAUUAAAUUUGAAGCUAGACCUGAAAAUCAUUUACAAUAAGAUUAAAUAAUAUGUAACUAAUAUGCUAUUAGACAGACAUUCUCCCAGAAAUUCUCGACAUGUUUGAUGCAUCGCCAACCAAGAAUGUUAGUCUCAUUGAGAAAUGGAGUGAUAGUUAUUGUGAAAAAUAUACUGGUCCAUUGUUGUAUGUGGAUGCACAAAAGUUCAGAAGAUUUCUAUUCCCUUACAGAAUGAUUUUCAUUGUACAGAAAAGACUUCUGCAGUUUUAUGGACAAAUAACACAAAUGGUUGACUGAGGAGUAAUGACAAAAAUCUUUCACACUAUAAAUGGGAACAGAAAGGCCAAAUUACAUUGGUUGGACAGCACCCAGAAGGAUCUGGAGGAAGUCACUUGUGACUCUAUGCCAACGACAAGGACAACUACAGAAGACAGAUCUGCUGUCGUAAGUUCAUCCCCAAACAAGUAACAGAAAUAAAUCCAGUCCAAAAAUAAACUAGUAACGAAGAUCCAUUGUGGCAGGAUGGAGUUUUAUGAAGAUAGGAACGAGAAUAAUACUGAAGUUAGCCAGUGGUUCUAUGGGCUCUUUCAAUGGCCAAACCAAAUAAUAUUAGAAUAAUAAUAAUAACAACAACAACAAUAAUAAUACGGCGAAACUCAGAAGAGGCAGAAAUACACUGUCAGAAAAUUGCAAAGUCAUGAAGUGCUUCUACUCAUCAGAACCUCAAAAGUGUGGGUACCAAAAGUGCAUGUACUAGUAAGAAUAACUUAGACACAAAGAUAACAAAACCAAGACCAGCUGAUCAGAGAUUAUUUAUUGUAAGGACAACAUGUUAAGUGAAAUGGAGCUCUAAGAAAUUUAGAAAACUUCUGAAACAGAAGUAAAACAACCUGCUUUGGCAUCAAACACCUGGAGUCACUGAACAACUUGAGUCAUAAGAAAACUUACAAAUAAUGUGGAUUAAGAAGAGGAACAAUAAGUAAUUGAUGACACACUGACUUCAAGAUAACAAAAUCUGAAAGAAAAUUGUUGCCCUAUGUCAUCUUAUGCAGAGAGAAGACAGCACCCAACUUCAAUAACUUUCUUCAAAAAACAACUGGCUACACUGAGGUAGUCUGUCCUUGCAACUGUCCAAAUAAUAAAAAUCAAAUAAAUAAACCAACUCACUCACAGUACAGCAAUAUUAUUAACAGAACUUUGCAUCUGCAUCAGAGACUGCCAGAAAAUCAACUGAGAAAUAAAAAGUCAAAUGUUUGGCUGUAACUUAAAAGCAAAGACUGCAGAUUUGAGCCAAGCAACUAGAACAUGGAAGAGCAUAAACUGAGUAACAAGAAGAAGAAGAGGGCAUUCCCAAUAAAGUUUUGGGUGAGUACAAGAAAAUCAAAGCCACUUAGGGAAUUAUUAAGCAACAAAUAAUUGCAAUGAAUAGGAAAAUCAAAAGAUAAGAAGCCAUGAUCAUCCAGUACAGGCAAAAUCAAACUCUCAGAUUCAAUCAGAGGACUCUCUACCAGAGUAAGAAUCAGCUACCAGAAACAAAAAUUGAAAAACUGGAAAAAAGGGCAACAACCCAGUUCUGGAAAGAUGUAUAGAAAACUGAGAGAGACUACAAUAAAACUGCUGAAUGGAUAAAGGACUUCAGGAAUACAUUUUCUUAAGAACAGACUGUAACAGCUGGAGAUAACACCUCAAAUGAUCAAACAAAAAAGUGAAGAAAGUCAAAACUGGAUGUCCCCUGUACAGCAGUGAACCAAAAGUUCUUUUUCAGUCAAUCUAGGUCAUUCGUAGAUUUAUUUUCUGGAUUUUCAGUUAUCCAGAAUAUUUUUUUUCAAUCAGGAACUGGUCUUUUCCAACUGGUAUGUUGUUUUCUUUCAGAAAAUCCUGAAUUCCGUCAGCUAUGAUUACUGUCAGCAACUUCAACGUGAUGAAUGGGCAUGUUUUUGGCCUGUAAUUUCUGGAAUUGCGCCUGCAGCUGUAUCCUUCUUUAUUUAAUACAUUUUCCAGUUGUUAGCCAUUCACGGAUAUUUCCUGUCUUCAGCAUUAAGUUAAGGGGUUAGCCCAUUUUCAGUUGUAGACUGGACAGGUACUUGAGGCAGAAAUCAUGCAGUUGGAUCAUAAAGCACCUGGAAAUCAUCGGGUCAGCUAAGUCGUCAGAAGUUAUGCAUUAUUCAACAUCAAGAGGUGUGUUUCCAUGGGGGCCUCGCUGUCCCCACUGCUGUUCAUCAUUGCCUUGAUCCCAAUGUCAAUCAUCUGACAGAAAAUAAAUCUGGACUACCAAACAGUGAAAAAUUGUCAGAAUAUAUCCUUCCUGCUGUACGUAGGUGAACUAAAGCUCUACAGAAAAUCUGAAAUUAAAAUCUAGUCUCUGAUGAAUACAGUCUGAAUCUUCUGCCAUAACAUUAGCAUUGAAUUUGGCCUGGGUAAAAGAAAAGAUCAAAAUCUCUUAAAGUGAAGGCAUCAAAAUGCCAAAUGGACAAGCCAUAAAGUGCCACCAGCCAGAAGACUGCAAAUGCCUAUACAUUCAGGAGUUGUGUAAGGUCAAGCAUAGGCAUGUAGAAAGUAUGGUCUGGAAAGAGUAAACUCAAGAGGUUGGAAAAAGUUUGAAAAGCAAGAUGAAUAGCAGCAAUAUCGUCAAGGUAACCAAAUCAGUACUUGGUUCAUAUGUCAGAUAUACCUACUGCAGGUGCUGUUACUUGGACACAAGUAGAGUUAGAUAUUAUGGACAGGAAAACAAGAACACUCAUGAAAAUUCACCAUUCACUUGAUCCUUACAGUGACAUCAGCAGCCUAUAGUUGCCCAGAAAAGCAGAUGCUGAAGAACUGUGCAGAUGAAGCAGAUGGGAAGAAGAGAAGCAUGUGUGGCAGACUGUGUGAAAGAUAUCGAGAAUCACCUGUUAUUGAAGUCAGUGACAAAAGGCUUCUCAAAGUAAAGCAAACAAAGAAUCAUUACUGGAAAGCUGUGCUCAAGUGCUUAACAGUCUGUGCAGUAAAGCUUAGCAUGGGCAGAUUUUGGAGUAGAUCAAAGACAAAAAAUGGAUAAAGAAAAGAUCUGGUCUUGGCUGAUCAACAGAUUCUGUUUUUUUUUGCUGUUCAGGAACAAGCCGUCAGAACUAACAUCACCAAAGUCGUAAUCAAGAAAUCAGCAAAAGAAUGACAUUUUGUGGCAGUGUUCUCUGUAGCAAUGCUUCAUUGCAGAGAGUGCUCCAUGGUGAUGUGUUUCAGAGGAAGCAGUUUACCAUAUCUUGUGCUGUUGCAAGAGGAUCAUUCAGACUGAUCACAAGCAGAGGCCACAAUGUUGUGACAUGAAUGAUCUAUGGGAACUUACACCAAAUUUAUCACCUGCUAGUGGUGGGAAACUGGUGGGAUCAGAAGCCAGAAAAAGUUGUCAAAAACAAAUAUACCAAAUUACAAUGGAGCCUCAGACAAAUCGAAUGCUGGAACAUGACACACCAGACAUCACAACAAUGGAGGAAGUGUGGAUCAUUGACAUUGCCCUUCUAGAUGAUAGCAGAAUCGGUGAGAAACAACUUUUAAAACUUUCCAGGCACAAAGACUUGAAAGUCAAACUGCAGCAACUUUGGUGUGAAACAGGAAAAUGAUUUCAUUGGUUCUUGGCACAUUAGUAAUAGUGCCAAAAGAGAUUAGUCGGCAUUUGAAAACAAUUAUAUUAUAUUAAUAAAAUAUUAUAAAAUAUUCAUCUGCUAAAAAUUGCUGGAUAUAAGGUCUGCCUAUUAUGCAGACUGUUUUUUCAUUUAGACCCAAACACAUUGCAACACUUUCGAGCCACCUUCAUUGGGCUUUCUGUAUUUAAAUCAGUAAAAUUUGAAAUGAAUUGAUGAUUAAUUUGCGAGAAUUAAGCAUAAAACGGUUUUUGUUUAUUGUCAUUACCUUAAUUUUACAUUAUAAGAUUAUACAGAACCCUCUGUACCUUCUUGUGUACUGGUAGCUUGUUGUCUGCAACUAUGUUAUGGCAUUCAUGAAUUGUCCACUGAUCCAUCACACAAUCCUAGAUGUUUAGGAAGUGUCGUACUAUUGCUAUAAUAUGAAAUUAAGUGUGGUGAUCUCAUUAGUCAUGUUUACUGUUGCAAUAGGAUGAACAGUAAAAGGAAGAAACUGUAGAAUAAGAACGCAAGGCGCUUUUCGUAAACAAAAUAAUUUUAAAAAGUAUACUGCUGAUGUGUCCAAAACAGAAGGUUCAUUACAAUAUCUACUUCAAAUUCUGGGAAGCUGUGGGAGAGACGUGAAAACAAAGAAAUGGAACAUGGAACAGCUUCCAGGAAAAGGUUAUAAUGAAAAUGUAAUGGAGAUGUCCAGGCAAUGUAGCUAGGGGAAUGGGUGACAGGUGAACAAGGGAAGUUCUUUGCCAGUUUCCAAGAGAUAGGAAAAGACAGAGAUAUCCUUUAGAAACCUGGUACAUGAAAUUAGAAAACAACUGUGUAUGAACAAGGUAAUCAAAUGUAGACUAGAUAAAGCUGUUAAACAACCUUAAUGUAUUGGGAGUGUUCCACAUUAUGGAGGAAGAUGACACUAAUCAAAUCUUUACUUCUAGAUUUCAUCAUAGAACAGGGGAGAAUUGAAUAAUGGCAACACCUUAAAAUUUUUCAGGGUCUUGUAAAAUAACUAUGCUAAAAAGAUAAGGAAGUCAUUUAUAUACUUCUGGUGAGACAAAUCAGUGAGAUUAGUGCUUGUUUAGCAAAAAUGCUGCAUAAAUAAUGAUCAAAGGUGAAAUACUCACUUUUGUUUUAGAUCUGCACUUGAUAACUACUAGAGUAUGGGCUACAUUCUUGGCUGGCCUCACAGGUAUAAAAGAACUCAAUACACUAAUGACUAUUUAGAAUGAAUGAAAGCUGUUCUACCCAGGAGGAAGGAAAAAAAUAUGUACACAUACAUAUGAAUACUUAUCUGAGAGAAAAUCAUACAGUUAAAGAAUAAAUAUUUUUGAACCAUCUAAAGAAAGGAUUGCUUCUGGAACAAUGUGAAUGUUUCACUGGCUCAAUUCAAGAUAUUGUGGUUUAUUAACUGCCAUUGUAAUUAUGUUAGGAAGAAUAUCUGUUGGUUUGUCCAAUGUUUCUGGGGAGGAAACUUCGUUUGCAAAUAUUCUGCAACAGAAUCUUGGGGGCACAGCUUGUGAUUCUUACUUUUUUUUUACUACUGCUCCUUUGCAAUGCCAAGGAAAGUCUUGUACUGCUGCACACCAGAUUCAGAAACAGACUACUUCAGGAUUGUGGAAAGACAGUCUUGAAUCUUUGGGCAUUAGGAGCUGUUUGACAACUAAAGAACUUAGCUCAUCCUGGUUGUGAAGAAGACCAUGAAUGCUCAGAAAAUAUGUUCUGCUAUGAAAUGAGAAGUUGUGUUGAUUGUUAUAAUUGUGCACUAUACUACAGGAAACCAAAUGCAAAGAAGAUAUGUGCAAGGGAACCUAGUGAAUGUGGAGAGUGCGUUGAUGGCUAUAAAGCAGAGAUUCUAACAAAUGGCAAUGAGAGGGAUUACUGCAGGAUUAUGGAAAAGCCUGCUCCUGAACUGAUACCUGGUACUGCGCCAUCAGUGAAUUAUACAACAAUGCUUAUCAUAGGUGGUGUUAUUGUUACAAUUGUGGUGAUAGUUGCUGGUUAUCUCAUACAUAGAUGGAGGAAAAUGAGGUACAGAGGUGCUGAUCAAGCAGUUCAAAACAUGCAAGAAACACUCAAUGCUGGGUCUGGAAAUGGCAUGUCACCACUGUUGGGAAAUACAAAUGGACGGAAGCCUUCUCUUGGAGAGCAGAUACCAUGCAACAGACCAUCUGCACCACCACAACCUCCUCCAUAUGAAAACACUCUGCCACCUCUUCGAGAUGAGGCUACAUUUGUUGUGGAACGAACGGUUAAAUGUAAAGAGGCUGUGUCCUUCAGAGAACCCGGUUUACAAAUAUCAAGUUUCCCUGACGAGGGACAAGAUGACCAAUCCACAGAUGGCUCUGAUACUGAUGCUAUUUUUCAUCCUGAUAUUAAUAUUGAGAGUGGGUAUCCAUCAGCAUUUCAUGAUGAUGACACUUUACCAGCGUCAGCAGAUGGAACUGACGAGAUAGUUGAACAGUCGGAGACCAGUUUGCCACCAAAUGCAGAGGCUCCGUCCUUCCUUGGAGUUUUGAUGAAUGUUGGAGUUAACAACAGUGGUGGUAGUGAAGCAUGUGAUCUGAAUGAUUCAGGGCUGUCACAAGCUUCAAGCAAUGUUUCAGUUAGUUCCUUAUCAGCUGAAGAAGAAGAAGAGCUAAAAUUUGAUACUCCUAAUAGAUCUGAAAACCACCAUGCAGAUGGCUGUAGACAAGAACACCAUGCUGUGAAGAGGAGUGGGUGGCAACGAGAAGAAAGAACAUCAUCAGAUGCAGCAGAUGUCACCUUGAAUGGUGCAUUGCUCCGCAUUGCAGUUCCUAACAGUGACACUGAAGCACAACAAGCUGGUGACUCAAGUGUAUCACAGGCUUCAAGUAGUGCAUCACUUAGUUCAAAUACUGCUGUUCCACAUAGUUUCUCUGAUGGACCUCUAGUCAAGAGGCGAAAAUUUGACUCAGGGAAUUCAAGUACAGCUGAAGAUCUUCAGGAAGAUGAAGAGACAUGCAGAUCACACGAGAGUCCCAGAAUUAAUGUUCAAGCAAUCACUGUUUUGAAUGUACAAAAUGUGGUAAAUUAUAAUAUUCAAAAUACUUCUAAUACUCCUUGAAGUAGAAAACUUCUAAUAAAUCAUUUGUGAUAUUUUUUGUAGAUUUGACUGAAUUAUACCUCCGUUUUAUUGUUCUUUAAUGUUUCCUUUAUUUUAAGUAAGCGUGUUAUUGAUCUUGAGAGGUUCUGUACUUUAAAUGAUUUUGCAAGCAUAUUGGCUUUGAAAAGGAAGUCCAUCUAAAGAUGCAUCCUAAUUUUUCUAGUUCUGGGCACAGUAGUAUCAUCAAAAAGAUUAUUUGAUACAUUUGGCCUAUUCACUGAAUAGUUGCAUAAUUAUUUAUAGAAACUAUAAUUUACAGCAGUGAGUGUGUCAAAAUUAAGUCAAGGUGCUAACCAUAAAUUAAUUACUGGGCAUUAAAACUAAAAGGCUCAAGUUAGCAUACAGAAAUAUUGAGUUGAUUAAUCAUUGAUACAAAAAUUAUUUUAAAUCAGUGAAUUAAUCAAUUGCUUGCAUGCAUUGAUGUAAUGUUGGCUCUCAAUUUUUUGCCAGUACUCUCUCUUAUGGUAUUUCAUGACAAAGGUGUUACCACAUAAUCUGUUUCAUGACAACACCUGUGUGGAUGGAUUUAUGCUCAAAAGCUGUGGAUAUAUUAGUAUUGUUAGCUACAUUAUAUAUUACGAAAGACUGCUAAAUAAUUGUUAGGUGCAGGUUGUACUUCUCAGUACCCAAAAGUUCUUCCCCAACUAAUAGAUAUUUAUCUUAGUACAUUACUAUUAUUAUGCAAUUCUUUAAAGUUAGUGCAAUAUGUUUUGUCUUAUUUUCUAUCGUAAAAUUAUAAACAGACAGAAUGAUUGGGCAGUAGAAACAUUCAGGAAGCAAUUGCAAAGUACCAUUGACUGACACAUUUUAAAGUAGAAAAUCUUUCAUCUCACCCAGUCUUGCAGCAGGUGGGUCCUUAUCAUUUGGUCAUAGUGAUGUGCUGCUGCUUUCCAUAUUUCCACAAUCUAUUCCUCUUGCCACCCAGAAGAAGGAACUAACAAUUACAAAAAAUAAGUACAGAACUAUACUUAGUUUUAGUAAUUCAAUGUCUUAAUGUAUCUCUCAACAGUACUUGGAAUUUAGCUUUCUGUAGGUAAUUAUUGUCUAAUCAUCCUGGCUUCUUGUAAUUUUACAAUUACCUCAAGUGAAUUUUUGUUUUGUUAUUUAUUACUGUAACAUACUGAUGGGAAGGAGCAAACUUUGUGUGCAUACUGAAUUAGAUUAAAGAAAUGAAAAAAGUUAUUACUUGUUCUUACCAUGAAUAGAACAUAUGUGAGCUGAAAUAACCAACUUUAAUUUAUCAUUACCACCAGGAACUAAUACGAAAUGCUGCACUUCAAACUGGGGUUAUACAAUACAGAGCAAGUACUGAUUAUGAGACUAUUUCAUAAGGAUCAGUUUUAAUAAUUGAACAAAGAAGCACAAUAGUGCCACCAGAUGAAAGAAGUAAUUAGAAGUAUUUACACUGACCAGAUGCCUGUGAUGUUGGUCUCAUGAGUAAUAAAACCUAUCUCUAUGGCAGUCAGUCCACUCAAACAGGUCUGGUGUAAUGUUCAUGAGUAUGGUGAUGUGCCUUUAAAAUUCUGACCAGUAAUCGGUAAUUUGAGGGUUAUAAACUUUGUUUUUCAACACUCAUCACACAAAAAAAUUGUAUGUCAGUGAAGGGUUUGACCCUCCACAGUAGGUAAACACCUUCUGAUCUGCAACUUGUUGUUGUUGUUGUUGUUGUUGUUGUUGUUGUUGUUGUUGUCUUCACUCCAGAGACUGGUUUGAUGCAGCUCUCCAUGUUACUCUACCCUGUGCAAGCUUCUUCAUCUCAAAGUAACAUCCUUCUGAAUUUGCUUAGUGUAUUCAUCUCUUGGUCUCCCUCUACAAUUUUUACUCUCCACACUGCCCUCAAAUAUUAAAUUGGUGAUCACUUGAUGCCUCAGAACAUGUCCUAUCAACCGAUCCCUUUUUGUAGUCAAUUUGCACCACAAAUUCCUCUUUUCCACAAUUCUCUUCAAUACCUCCUCAUUAGUUCUGUGAUCUACCCAUCUAAUCUUCAGCAUUCUUUUGUAGCACCACAUUUUGAAAGCUUCUAUUUUCUUCUUGUCUAAACUAUUUAUCGUCCAUGUUUCACUUCCAUACAUGGCUCCACUCCAUACAAAUACUUUCAGAAACGACUUCCUGGCACUUACAUCUAUACUUGAUGUUAACAAAUUUCUCUUCUUCAGAAACGCUUUCCUUGCCAUUGCGAGUCUACAUUUUAUAUCCUCUCUACUUCGACCAUCAUCCGUUAUUUUGCUCCCCAAAUAACAAAACUCAUCUACUACCUUAAGUGUCUCAUUUCAUAAUCUAAUUCCCUCAGCAUCACCCGACUGAAUUCGACUACAUUCCAUUAUCCUCAUUUUGCUUUUGUUGUUGUUCCUCUUAUAUCCUUCUUUCACAACACUGUCCAUUCUGUUCAACUGCUCCUCCAGGUCCUUUGCUGUCUGACAGAAUUACAGUGUCAUCGGCAAAGAUAAAAGUUUUUCCAUUCUGGAAACAUCCCCCAGGCUGUGGCUAAGCCAUGUCUCCGCAAUAUCCUUUCUUUCAGGAGUGCUGGUUCUGCAAGUUUCGCAGGAGAGCUUCUGUAAAGUUUGGAAGGUAGGAGACGAGGUACUGGCAGAAGUAAAGCUGUGAGUACCGGGCGUGAGUCAUGCUUCGGUAGCUCAGUUGGUAGAGCACUUGCCCGCGAAAGGCAAAGGUCCCGAGUUCGAGUCUCGGUCGGGUACACAGUUUUGAUCUGCCAGGAAGUUUCAUAAAAGUUUUUAUUUCUUCUCCAUGGAUUUGAAUUCCUAUUCCUAAUUUUUCUUUUGUUUCCUCAAUAUACAGAUUGAAUAACAUCAGGGAUAGGUUACAACCCUGUCUCACUCCCUUCCCAACCACUGCCUCCCUUUUGUGCUCCUUGACUCAUGUAACUGCCAUCUGGUUUCUGUACAAAUUGUAAGCAGCCUUCGCUCCCUCUAUUUUAUCCCAGCCACCGUCAGAGUUUGAAAGAGAGUAUUCCAGUCAACAUUGUCAAAAGCUUUCUCUAAGUCUACAAAUGCUAGAAACUUGGGUUUGCCUUCCCUUAAUCUAUCUUCUAAGAUAAGUCGUAAGGUCAGUAUCUCCUCACGUGUUCCAACAUUUCUACGAAAUCCAAACAGAUCUUCUUCAAGGUUGGCUUCUACCUGGUUUAACAUUUGUCUGUAAAGAAUUCAUGUUAGUAUUUUGCAGCCGUGACUUACUAAGCUGAUGGUUCAGUAAUUUUCACGCCUGUCAACACCUGCUUUCUUUGGAAUUGGAAUUAUUAUAUUCUUCUUGAAGUCUGAGGGUAUUUCGCCUGUCUCAUAUAUCUGUUAUUGUUAUGGGUGGCUCUCCUAAGGCUAUCAGCAUUUCUAAUGGAAUAUUCUCAACUCCUGGGUCCUUGUUUCUAUGUAGGGUUUUCAGUGCUAUGUCAAAUUCUUCAUGCAGUAUCAUAUCCCCCAUUUAAUCUUCAUCUACAUCCUCUUCCUUUUCCAUAGUAAUGUCCUUGAGUGCAUCACCCUUGUAUAAAUCCUCUAUAUGUUCAUUCACCCUUCUGCUCUCCCUUCUUUGCUUAGAACUGGUUUUCCAUCUGAGCUCUUGAUCUUCAUACAAGUGGUCUCCUGUUUCUCCAAAGGUCUCUUUAAUUUUCCUGUGGCAGUAUCUAUCUUACCCCUAGUGAUAUAUGCAUCUACAUCUUUACAUUUUUCCUCUAACCAUCCCUGCUUAACCAUUUUGCACUUCCUGUUGAUCUCAUACUUAAGACAUUUGUACUCCUUUUUUUCUGUUUAACGUACUUCAUCUUUAUAUUUUCUCCUUUAAUCAGUUAAAUUCAAUAUCUCUUGUGUUACCCAUGUAUUUCUACCAGCCCUCGUCUUUUUACCUACUUGAUCCUCUGCUGCCUUCACUAUUUCAUCUCUUAAAGCUACCCAUUCUUCUUCUACUGUAUUUGUUUCCCCUGUUCUUGUCAAUUGUUUCCUAAUGCUCUUUCUGAAACUUUGUACAUUUAUCCAGGUCCCAUCUUCUUAAAUUCCCACCUUUUUGCAGUUUCUUCAGUUUUAAUCAGUUUAAUCUACAGCUCAUGAUCAACAGAUUGUGGUCAAAGUCCACAUCUGCCCCUGGAAAUGUCUUAAAAUUUAAAACCUAGUUCCUAAAUCUCUAUCUUAUAAUUAUAUAAUCUAUCUGAAACCUUCCAGUGCUUCCAGGCCUCUUCCACAUAAAUAGCCUUCUGUCAUGAUUCUUAAACCAAGCGUUAGCUAUGCUCUGUGCAAAAUUCUACCAGGUGGCAUACUCUUUCAUUCCUUAUCCCUAUCCCAUAUUCACCCACUACUUUUCCCUCUCUUCCUUUUCCUACUAUUGAAUUCCAGUCCCCCAUGGCUAUUAAAUCUUCAUCUCAGACCACUGUCUGAAUAAUUUCUUUUAUCUAAUCAUACAUUUCUUCAAUCUCUUCAUCACCUGCGGAGCUAGUUGGCAUAUAAGCUUGUACUACUGUAGUAGACGAGGGCUUAGUGUCUAUCUUGGUUACAAUAAUGCGUUCACUAUGCUGUUCAUAGUAGCUUACCCGCAUUCAUAUUUUUUUUCUUAUUUAUUAUUAUUAUUGUUAUUAAACCUACUCCUGGAUUACGCAUAUUUGAUUUUGUGUUUAUAACCCUGUAUUCACUUGACCAGAAGCCUUGUUCCUCCUGCCACCGAACUUCACUAAUUCCAGAAUAUUUUACCCAAGAGGGCACCAUCAUUUAACCUUACAAUAAAGCUGCAUGCCUUUGGGAAAAAUUACAGCUGUAGUUUCCCCUUGCUUUCAGCUGUUCGCAGUACCAUUGCAGCAAGGCCAGUUUGUGUAAUGUUACAAGGCCAGAUCAAUCAUCCAGACUGUUGCCCGUGCAACUGCUGAAAAGGCUGCUGUGCCCCUCUUCAGGAACCACACGUUUGUCUGGCCUCUCAACUGAUACCCCUCCAUUGUGGUUGCACCUGUGGUACGGCUCUCUGUAUCACUAAGGCAUGCAAGCCUGCCCACCAAUGGCAAGGUCCAUUGUUCAUGGAGGGAAGAUCUGCAACUUAUGUAGUCCAAUAAAUGACCACAUCUAUAGCUAUUUGGCUACUUCAUAAAUCACACUUACGUGCGUGGCAGAGGGUUCAUCAAACCACCUUCAUAACAAUUCUGUUAUUCCACUCUCCAACAGCAUGCGGAAAAAACACACACACAAAUCUUUCCAUGCAUGGUCCAAUUUCCAUUAUUUUAUUGCGAUUAUCAUUUCUCCCCUUGUAGGUCAAGGUCAACAAAAUAUUUUCCAAUUCAGAGGAGAAAGUUGCUGAUUUAAAUUUUGUGAGAGUAUCCUGCCGCAAUGAAAAACAUCUUUGUUGUAAAGAUGCCCACUCCAAAUCCUGUUUCAUGUCAUACUUUCCUCCAUUAAUCCUAACUGGUAAAGAUCCCACACCACACAAUAGUACACCAAAAGAGGAUGAACAAGAAUAGUGUAGACAGUCUCUUUAGUAGAUCUGUUGCAUCUUCUGUAUAUUCUGCCAAUAAAAUGCAGUAUUUGCUCACCUUCCCCACAAAAUUUUCUGUGUGUUCUUUCCAAUUUAAGUUGUUCGUAAUAGUAAUUCCUAAAUAUUUAGUUGAAUUUACGGCCUUUAGAUUUGAUUGAUUUAUGGUGUAACUGAAGUUCAAUGGAUUCCUUUUAGUGUUCAUGUAGAUGACUUCACACUGUUCAUUAUAUUGGAUCAAUUGCCAAUUUUUGCACCAUACAGAUAUUUUAUCUAAAUCAUUUUGCAAUUGGUUUUGAUCUUCUGAUGACUUUACUAGAUGAUAAACGACAGCAUCAUGUGCGAACACUCUAAGCCAGUUGAUCAGAUUGUCUCUUAAAUAAUUUAUAUAGCUAUGGGACAACAGUGGAGCUAUAACACUACCUUGGGAAACACCAGAAACCACUUCUGUUUUACUCGAUGACACACAGUCAGUUACUAUCAACUGUGGCCCAUCUUACGGGAAACCACAAACCUAGUUGCUUAUAUGAGAUAAUAUUCCAUAAGCACGCAAUUUGAUAACAAAUCACUUGCAGGAUAUGGCGUCAAGUGCCUUCUGGAAAUCUAAAAAUAAGGAAUCAAUUCACUUCGUGUGAUUGACCUAGUUGUGUUUCACAAGAAUGAUGUUUUCUAAAUCUAUGUUAACUCUGUGUCAAUAGACUGUUGUCUUUGAGGUAGUUCAUAAUGUUUGAACACAGUAUAUGUCCCAGAACCCUGCUGCAUAUCGAUAUUAAUGAUAUGGACCUGUGAUGUAGUAGAUUACUCCUGUUGCCUUUCUUGGAUAUUGUUGUGACCUGUGCAACUUUCCAGUAUUUGGGUAUGAACCUUUCAGUGAGCAAGCAGUUGUAUAUGAUUGCCAAGUAUGGAGCUAAUACAUCAGCAUACUGUGAAAGGUGCCUAAUUUGUGCGCACUCUGUACCAGAAGACUUGAUUUUAUUAAGUGGUUUAAGUUGCAUCACUACUCCAAGGAUAUCUACUUCGAAGUUACUCAUGUUGGCUGCUGUUAUCAGUUCGAAUUCAAGAAUAUUUACUUUUGUCUUUUUUGGUGAAGGAAUUUUGGAAGGCAGUGUUUGGUGAUUCUCAGACAUCUAUGUACCGAUAUGGUAAAUCUAAUCUUUUUAAAAAAUGGAACUCUAUUAUUUCUCCUCAUGAGUUUUAAGUAAUGACAAGUAUUAUUUCAAUUAUUGCCAUUGGUUCUCUUUCUACAUUGGCAUUUGUAUCUGUUGCUAGUUGUGCCCAGCAUGCAUCGUGGUGCCUCCUUUUCUUUCUUAGUAGGUACACAUAUACAAAGCACACACAUUUACUUGUACAAAAUAAAUGAAAGGCAAUUAUUGUUUGUGAAUAAAAUUUCAUUUGCAAAAGUCAAUAAAAUUCUUCUGGGUGUAUGGCCACAUUGUCAAUGCAUAAAGCUUCCAAUGUUUUGGCCAUGAUUUCAAAUGGCCUUCCUCAUGAUACACUUUUUGCUAACACUUAGCAAAAUUCACCCGCAGGAGGCCAUUUGCAACAGCGGCUCAAACGUCAGAAGUUUUACACAUUGACAGUGCAGUCAUCCACCCAGUAGAAUUUUAUUGACUGUGACAGUGGCUAUGGUAACUUAUACUUAGAUACAGUUUGAAAAGUUAAUGAAAGUGCUUUGGGAUGUACGAAAUUUUUGGUCUUUUAGUCUUCUGCAAAAGCAAACAAAUAUUUCAGGUAACCCACCCAUUAGUAUACAACGUAUAAUCGAACAUGUGCAAAGCAUGGAUUAAAUGAGUCAUAUAUGUACUACAUUUGGCUGACAUUGCUCCUGGCUGUCCCAUGUUAUGGUAUUAUGUCACACACCCCCUCUCCCCCCCACCACUUUUUUCAUCCUCAUCCUUUUCUGAGGUAUUUGGUUCUUACUCCUCCUCCUCCUCCUCCUCCUCCUAAACCUUUACAGUUGUGUUCACCAAAGUUUCAUUGUAUCUGUUGCUAGCUGUUUUCAGCAUGCAUUGUGAUGCCUCCUUUUCGUUCUCAGUAGGUACACAUGUACAAAGCACACACAUUUACAUGUACAAAAUAAAUGAACGGUACAGGAAUGCAUCACAUAUACAGCCAAACAAAUAUUCAUUUUUAUAUAUUAGUUUGGUAGCUGGCCGCCCACAGUUUCCUCUAGAUAUUGUACAAAAUUUUCAUGCAUUUCUUAGGCUGUAUUUUCACUAGCAAAUGAUCUGACAUUGCAUCUGUUUCCUCAGUAACCGAGGCAUCUGGAAUCAGAGAGCAGACUAAACAGUUUCAUGACUGACACAGGAUUAGUGUCGUGCCCAAAUUACCAAGUGAAACACAACAGUAGUGUCAAUAUUCUGAAAGGAAUAGUUACUCCUCGCCAUGGUGCAGAGAUGCUGAAUUGCAGACAGGCACAACAAUAGUCUCUUCACACAUAUUCAAGCAUACUCUACACUUGAUCAGUCUGUAAUGCUACCACAAACUCCAGCUAUUAAGUAAAUUUGGAUUAUGUGAGCCACCAUACAUUGUGUGCCAAAGCUGAAUUUUCUUGCCAAAUCAUCUUCCACAUUGCCUGUAUAAUAUUCAAAUCAUGUGUGAACGCUCUAUAGAUGAUUUAAUUUCUUCGCUAUUAGACUUGUGCAGGAUAGAAAAAAUAAAAAUGUAAUAUUUCUUGGUCAGUGUUCUAUCCUUGGCACUUUGAUUCCUAUGUCUUAUCUUUUUCUUUCUGUGGCUUCUGUAAAUGCUACUCUGUAAGGACUGCAGACUAAUCAACAGUACUCAAUAGUUGGCUGAACAAUUGUUUCGUAAACUACCUCUUUUGUCAGUGAAUUAAACUACUGCAAAAUUAUUGUGAUAAAUUUAUCCAGAAAAGGCCUUUCCUACAGCUGGAUUUAUAGGGUGAUUUCAUUCUGAAUUGCUCUCUUCAGGUACCUUGAGAUGCAUUAUGUCCCACUAAUAUCAGUGCCAGUUCACAAAUCAUGUAGUAAGAAGAUUUUUCUUCUAUUUGCUCACAAUAAAUUACUUUUAUUUAUGUUAAUGGUCAGCUGCCUGUCUUCGCACAAGAGGCUGGUCACAUUAGUUUUCCUGCAUGCAGAUUGUAACAAUUUUCUAAUGAUCAUACAAUGUUUUAUGUAACUGCAUCACUUGCUAACAGAUGUUUCAGUGCAAACUGUUCUAAUUACAUUUAUGUAUGAAUGAUCUAGUAAAUUACUUGGAAAAAAAUUAUGCUUGAGAGGGCUAGGUUAUCUUGUGGCAAGUUCUUUAUCUCAGUUGCCUUGGAAUAAUCUGUAUUACACAUUGCUAACUUUGCCACACACUCCUAUAUUUGCAUAAGUAGUUUCAGCUUCAGCUCAAGACAAUUGAUAUAAGAUAUUAGAAGUAAUGAGCAUUUUAUAAGCUUCUAGCCAGCAGCUAAUGCAUAGAGACACUUACAUGGAAGGGGCAUAAUCUCUUUCAAUUCUGUGUGUAUGGAAUUUUUUAUUUAAUAAUUACGGGGAAAAAUAUUAAGUUCCUCAAAUAUAAUUUUCGACUACCAAAAGAUAAGGCAGGUAAACUUCCCAUUAGUAGGUCCACUGCUUCCACCCCAUGUACAAAUCUUCAUUCAUGUGAUAUUAGAUGUAUACUAGUCUACAUUACUUUGGUCUUUCUGGGUAUUGGUUCUACCAUUUGAACUGAUUUUUAUAUAGCAUUAUGUUUGCUUAAGUUUUUCACCAUUUGUGUCAAAAGUAAUAUUUUAAAUAGUUUUGUUUAAAACUUACACUUUGUAGUAGAAAUAAAACAUAAAUUUGUUUGUAAAAAUUUUCUAUUCUCUAAAAGAGUUUGAUAUUAGUCUUUCUCCCUUUUUAAUUCCUAAUCUGUUAAUUUAAUUUUACCUGUUAUGGUUAUUUUUGGAUUUGUGACUGAUUCCCAUUCAUAAAAUUUGAAAGGAAAAAAAUGCCCUGUGAUUGAAGGUGGAUGUUUUUCCUUUCAAAUAAUUAGUUUCAUUGUAGUAGAAUGUACAUUAUGAUCAUAACUGAAGUUGCUGCUGUAAGUGCAUUAGAAUUAUUUUCAGUGGUAUUUGUUCAGUAAGUGUUCAACAUUUUGUUAGAGCAUAUAAUGCAAAGUUGAAAAAGUUCAGACGCUCCCUCUCUACCCUAAAGUCUACACCCCCCCCCCCCCCUCCCACCCUUAAAAUGAGAUCUGUCUCCUCACCAUUUCCUGGUGGUUUUCCUUUAUUUUCCAGUUGCUUACUGCUGUUUCCUACACAUUUUGCACAUUGAUUAGUCUCCUUGUUAUGAAUAGCAAUCUCUGUGAAUCUCAGCUUGUUUCUAUCAUCAGUCAAAAUCCAGGUCUGUUGCAGCUCUCCAUGCUAAAUAUAUCCAGUACAAGUAUCUUCAUCUUUGAAUAACUACUGUAGCCAUGUGAACCUGUUCGUUGUAUUCAAGUGUUGAUCAACUGUUCAAAAAAUUAACUAUUCCCUAUAUUCCCUGGUGCUCCAGAAUGUGCUGAUACAUGGUUGCCAAUCUAUGGCUUACAGCCUGAGCAUUUCUUGAUACUGUGUACACUUUUGGGUUGUUGUUGUCUGAUACUGCUGAUUUCAACACAUUCAUUCAUGUUUUAUGGGCCAAGAGACAUUGUUUGCCAGACAGCAUUUUUCAUUUCCUUACUGCACAAUUUCCUUUUGCUACAUGCCAAAAUUAAAAUUGAAUACUACUACCUUUUGCCUUAAUUUUUGUGGUAAUGGAAGAAUGAGAGAACAGAGCACUUCUCAAAUUGGAGAGUAUAAAAUGUAACAAUCAUAUGAAAAUAAGUAAUUUGCCUACUGUAGAGCUUCUAAAAAAUGAUUUUUUUUCACACAAUCCUACCUUUAGAAAUUCUUCAGGGAGGAAUGGAAGAGAGGUCGGAGUAUAAGACAGGACAGUGUUGUAUACUUUUGUGUGUGCCUACUGACAGUUGUAAAUAUUUUUACCAUCUGAAUGUAAUUUUAAAUUAUCAUUACUUCUCAAAGCUAAGUGUGUGUCGAGUUAUUGAGUCACUCAUCAUCAUUCCUGAUAGAAAUCUGCGUGCUUUUCCCCUUUCUAGUAUAAAUCAAAAGCAUUUUCUUUAUUCUUUCUUUCAUAGUCAGAGUAAUGGCCUACAAUAUUACCAGUGGUUUAUCUGUUAUUGAAUUUAUGUGAGCAUUUCAUUUCAUAUUUCCACUAUUGUGUGUCAUAAAUGUGAGGUGAUGAAUUGCAGAUGAUAUUCAGCUAAUCUUGUCAGUAGCCACAGUGUACUUGUCCAGCUUAUACAGAAGAGUUAACUGUUAUUGACUGUAUCAGGCUAUCAUUUUAAUGCUACAUGGAAUGUUUUGGAGUUUGUAUAAAAUCCAGUAAAUAACACAUGUACUUUUUCUGUCGUUCAUUUUGUUUAAAAUUGUUUUACUGGCUGUGAUAAAACCCUGUUAAUCAUACUAUUUGUUUCAUAUUGCGUUCUGACAGUAGUUUGUCACUAUAAUGUCAAGAGUUAGCCGCCUUCUGCCCAUUUGGAUCUUUUUUCCAUUUGUUUGCAUGUGCUAAAUUUUCCUCUAGUGAGAAGUAUUACACUUGUAAUUAUACACAUGUGGAAGAUAGAUUUUUAAGUAUUGAACUGUUAUUUUGCCAACAGUUUUAAAGUAUUGUUCAGUUCCUUUAAAUUUAGUAUGUGGUACACUGUUUAUAGUACUAUGCAAAAUGUUCAGUAUUUCAUUAAAAAUGAAAAAAAAUUAAAAAAGACAAAGGGGCAGUAAAAAAAAAUAUUUUUCAUCUUUACUUUGAAACAUGAACUGUUCAUUAGCAAUAUGUGAAUAUGUAGUUAAAGGAUUGAGACACUGUAUAUUUAUUUUACAUGAAGUUGUGAACAGUUAAGAUGAUGAUCUAUUUUAUUGUUGUUAAUUGUGCCAUAGUCCUCUUGAAACAUAAUUUAUGAGAUCUGGUGAAUUUGGUAUUACUGUUGAUUCUCAUGUACUGAUAUGUAAAUAAAUGUUUUUAUUUGCUUUCA